UUUCAUCAAGAGAAGCGCGACAAUAAAAUGUCUCCAUGUUAGAAAUUCAGGUUUAACUCCUUGUUGGCUGCUUAUAAUAAUAAUAAAGGACAUCAUUCAGCUGAUAUAAAGACAACUUGGAUUGCCUGCUGCUGUGUUACCACCAUCAGUUGCUUCUAACUGAAGCAACAUCAUGAGGCGAAAGAUGAGGAGGAGGUUGGUUCAGUCAGUCCUCUGAUCUGUAUGGAGGAUGUGGUUCUGCACGAUCAGCCUGGAUCAGCUGCUGGGCUCAGCUCUCUGUUAGAGAGGACAGAGAAGCUUCUGGAGCCUUUCCCCUGUCGGAUUCCUCCAGUAUUCACCCGCUGGUACCCUUCCUCCACAGACCACCACCUGCCCAUCAGACCCGCCAAACCUGCUCCUGUCAUCACCUGCUCGGAUGACUUCUUCUCUUCUCUUCACAGCAGGAGGCACACCCCUCAGAUCCAGUCCCAGAAACCUGAAGUUGAUGGUCCACCUGCAGAGACUUCACCUGAAAAUCCACAAGAACCCAAAGAUGUCGCCUGCAUCUCCGAAACUCCAAACUACCUGUUCCCAGAGAGAGAGGUCCCCAGACUUCACACCGAGAAACACAAAGAUGUCUUUCCUGUCACAGAGUCGCCGGUCAAACGGUCCUGGAGCGUUUUCUCACAGAAGGGAGGUCUGCAGAGCUCCCAGUCUCUGUCCAAACAGUUCCGUCACAUGGUGUCCCUCCACAGGCUCCACCUCCACCAGAGGGCCAAAUGGGUGAUCAGGCAGCACAACUGUGGGGCGACCAGGGACAUCGAACAGGUGUGGCGAUCUCUGAACCGCUCCGUCCAGAGCUCCACUCUUCCGACGUGUAACGCCAACAUCCAGAGGGAGCGGGCGGAGAUCUGGGUGUUCUGUGACAUGGUCCACUCGGAGCAGGUGGGGUGUCUCCUGAAGGACGAGCUGCAGCUGACGGGGAGGAUCCGCCUGUCGGUUCACAGGCUGGACAACAUCUUCAGCAUGUAGACGCACAACAGGUGGAUCAGCCUGACUCGGACUCCAGUGAUGUUGUACAGCUUCAGAUGAGAUCCAGAAGAGCAAACACAUUAAUAUAUGCUUAUAAUCAAAGUUCUGUUUAAUGAUGAAAUACUUGACUUGAAAUUGUUUCCAAGCUUCGGGCUGGAAGAAUCCUAAAGAUAUCACCUGACCUCCAUCAAGGUGUAUUAUAUGUAUCUAGCACACCAACAGCAAAACACAUUGUAUGCACCUUGAAAGAAUCAGUAUCAAUUUAAGUGGAAAUUGAAUUCUGCUGUCUAAUGUAAAAACUCUGCAUCUAGCAUCAUUGUCCUCAGCGCUGAGCCAUUUCCGUGCAGUUGGGGAAAAUAAUGACAUUUUCAGAAAAGCACUGGUAACGUCACUGUAGAAAUUGUAGGAGAAGUUUUCUUUUUUGUUGUUAGAUGAAACGCUGGGUGGAGGCACUGCCAAGAGCCCUCACAGUGCUUUGAUGUCAGAAGGUGACGCUAUGUGGACACCUUUAGAAUAUCUCACCGCUUUAGCUUUCUGUUACAGCCCUUUUUUGGCCGGAAACUGAGCUGUCUCUCUGAACUUACCCGUUAUAACACAAAAGUCACUCAACAGCACAAACAAACUAUAACGACCGGAGCACACAGGCCAGCAGCUCCCAUGUUCAAGUUCAAGGCUUUCAAUAUAUAAUGGUCUCGAGUUAAAAAUAAUAAAACAGAAACACAAAAAGUAUUUAUCAACAGUAAAAACAUAUCUAUCUUUGCAGUAUUUCCAUUGGACACACUAUAUACCUUUACAGAAUCCGUUAUUUUACAUUAAAGUAGAUUAACGUACUACUAACAAAAUAGGAUACUAUUACAUAAUACGAGUUGCCGUUUAUUGCAAUUAGAUACAGUUGGAAAGGGCUGUCUGACGAUAAGGUAAAGCAGUGGAAAUAUUCGAAAUAAAGAAUUCACUGUUAUUGAUAUUAUCUUUACUGUUUGAAAAUGGUUUCAAGGUGGCUAAAAUAAGUUUUGCUGAUGACCCUUCCACAUCAGUAAAUUGCUUAGAUUACUGGCUGCUUCUACAAAACUGGGGCAUGCUAACCACUAUCCAUAAUCAAUCAAUACAUGUUAACACACAACCGUUUUUAAAUCAUCAGCAAUUCAACAUACAUUCAGUCAUAAAAGCUAGUAAACCACAUACACAACGAAUUUUUGAAUUGCCUGUUUUCAAAUGUAACAUUAUUUCUUUCAUGACCACAUUGUACAAGUGUGUGAUUUUUUAAUAAUUCAUAGAAAUAUACUUCAUUAAUGACUGAGCUGAACUGAGGGGGAUUGAAGCCUCAACCAAAAUUGAAUUUUGUGCCAAAUUCCAGUGUGUUUUUUAAUGCUUAUGAAUUCAUUAAGAGAUCCUUUAAUUGUAUUUUCAAUAAUAUAUCUCUUCACUUUGCAAUGUAAAUAAAGGUUUAUUUUAUUUUUUAA